GUGCCAAAUUGCGUACAUAUACUAACGUAUACGUAUGUACUAAACAGUACGAUAUUUUGAUUAUUAGUAGUUUAUAUACAUAUAUUUCGGCGUGGAGUAUUUACGCGGAUAGAAAUCGAAAAGGAAUAAUAUUUAUAUCUGAACAGACAUAUAACUGUAGUAGUAUACAACUCUCUCUGGAAAGAGGCUCUCACGAACGAGAGCAUUGUGCUACGAAGGAGAGAGUUCACGUUGCUUGGAUUUAUUUAACAUGACGUCGGUUGACUCGGGAGUAGAAACCGGGAACGACUCGAAUGACAGUUCGAGCGUUCAGCACGAAAGCCAGCAACAGCAUGUCGCAGCCGGCCAGGUCACUAACAGCAAUAUCAUUUUCGCCGAUUACGGUGUCAAUCCCAUCAAUAAUAAUGAAAUGAGGAUAGAUCAGUACUAUGAUAAUCGGCCGUGUCAGAUAAGGAUGAAGUGUCCAAACGAUCUGGCUUUGACGGUCCCGCGCUUGUGCUUCAAAACUGACGGCUGCCACUUCACAGCUGCUUACAAACGGAAGAUCUUGGAGGACAAUACUCUGUUGCAAGAUGACAGACUGCUGUCGGAUACAGAAAUCGGCAAAGCUAAGCAGGAAAUGAAAACAUCAGGAACAUGCGGAAUAUAUGAUGGAAACGGAACUGAUGCAGAGUUAUUGAAAAAUAGAUCUGUUUAUCGUGCCAAGAUGAAAUCACGUACUUGGUACAAAAGUUCAACCAAUAGUUUGAAAGAUUGGCAAUAUUGGCAUGUUUAUCAUAUUGGACGAAAGAUGCGGCUGGCUGCUACUGUAAAUAAUACCAUGUUGAUGAGCUCGCUCUUACAGACUGGCGUAUCACCUAACAGUCCUGAUAGUGAUGGGCGAACACCACUUCAUCAUGCAGCUUGCAGGGGUUAUACAAAGAUGGUUCAAUUAUUGUUGGAAAAUGGUGCGGAUCCGAAUCAGCGUGAUUGUAUAGGCAAUACUCCGUUGCAUUUAGCGGCAGUUACCAGCAAAAUAUCGGUAGUAACACUACUUUUAACAGCCGGUACUAAUGUUCUUGCAUUAGAUAAAUAUGGCUACAAUCCGUUGCAAUUAGCGAAAGCAAAAUUGAGGAUGUUACAACGGAAUUAUAGUAAUAAGGAUAUGGAUAAAGUCAAGGAGGAGAUGCAUGAUAUAGUUAACAUGUUAUUGGCGUAUUUGUUGAAGCAAAAAAAUAUGCAAGAGCAGGUAGAAACAUUGAGCAAUUUCUGCUCGCGUCUCUCUUUAUCCAGCACCUCGGAUCAGGUUCAAGAUGAUGUGAAAGAUUUAUUGGCCAAUAUAGAUUCUCUUAGUAUAACUGGUUAAUUACUUCUGGUAGAAUAUGAUACUAUAAUGUUAUACACAAACUGUUCAUAAAUUGAGUAAAAGCUCUCUUAACAUUUUUGAUAAGAAUAUGUAAUUUUUGGAAGUUUAUAUCUGUGUGCAUGUGUAUAUUAUAUAUAUAAUUCUCAAAAGAAUGUUAAACAUAAUUCUUCUUCCUAAUUGGUUCAUGCUAUUUAUAGGUAUUUUUUUCCUUCUACUAGUAUGUUUAAUAUGCUAAAAUGUUAUUCUUAUAAAAAAUGAACAGAAAUCGUGAUGUUCGUGCAAUACACAGAAUAAAUAGAUAAGACCACAUAUUAAUACGAUAUGAAGAAUAGAACUAUAGAAUAUAUGUAAGACUAUGUCAUUUAUAUAAGACAGGUAGCCGGUCAAAUUCUACUGUAAUAAAUUUUCAAGAGACACGAUUAUCUGGAAUCACAUGCUAGCACAUUUACUUAGAUUCAACACAAUUAAAGACUGAAUAUCUCAUCCUUUAGUGAAUUUUUUUUAUUAAUUUAAUUUGUGGAAAUAUUUUGAGACAAUAAAUUUUUUUAUAAUAAAAUUUAACGUGGAAACUAGAAACUGUUUAGGAUUGUUCUGCUUGAAUAAAUAUCAGCUAAUUGAUUUAUGUGCUUAUGGCCCAUGAACAUGUGUAUUUAGUUAAGAGUGUGAAUAUAAAAUAUUCAUUAUUGAAAUAAAAUCUUACUGGAGAGAAUAAGAAAAUAAUAAACUGUUUCCCAU